AUGAAUAAGCAGUUGCUAUCUCUAAUCUUAGUGGCAAUCGCGUUUGCUACAGUAAAUGCAGCAGGCGAACUUUGGUUCAUAGAGCUGUGCCAUGACCACUGUGAGGCACAUCCAGAUGAUUACAACGGAAAGUGUUGGAUUAGGUGCAUUGAAUCAUUAGAAAAAUUGUAUCCAACAAGUCCAUUUAUCUACUCGCUGAAAGAUCUGGAUCUGGUAGGAGAAAGAGAAAAUUCAGCACCUGAGUACCCUACUCAAGAACAGUGCAAUCAUUUGUGUAACGAGGGUGGUAAAUGUCAAAGCCGUUUCCAUAGUCAUUUCCACAGCAAAGGGCAAUGCGUCGAAGAAUGCUUGACUAGUCGUCUUGAUGAGAAAAAGAAGAAGAGUUUCUCAGAGAAGCUAGGAAAUUUGCUCUCCUGCAUCAACCCUAGGUUUAUGCACUGA